AACAACACCUAAAAAAAACGUAACAUUAGUCCUUUUCAUUUCUUCUUCUAAUUAAACUAAAUUACGUUAUCAUUGUCACUAAUCUCGCUCUCUCUUCCUUUUAUUACCAUUUUCAAAACCAUAGUUUAAUCAUAAACCACUGUAAAAUAUUCAUCAUCAACAAACCUAACCAUAACCACCACAAACAAAAUCAAAAUCCCAAUUUCCAAAUCUUGAAUCACAUUUCAAUCAUUCUUUCCAAAUAUGGGUCUCUGCAUUUCUAAACCCAAUUCUGAACCUCACAAUAACAUAAUCAUUCAAUUACAACAAGAAAUCACUGUUAAUUCUGAUUCAAAUCCAGUAGUUGAAAUUCAAAACCCUAAAAAAUCACCUUUUUUCCCUUUUUACACUCCAAGUCCUGCUAACCAUUUUUUCUCCGGUAAAACUCCGGGGAGAUUCUUUAGACCGGCGUCUCCGGCCAAGCACAUUAGGUCGUUACUUGCUCGGCGUCAUGGUUCCGUUAAGCCGAAUGCGGGUGCUAGUAUUUCGGAAGGGAGUGAAAGUGAAGGUGUUGCUCCUCUUGAUAAGAAUUUUGGUUUUUCAAAGCAUUUUGGUAGUAAAUAUCAGCUUGGUGAAGAAGUUGGUAGAGGACAUUUUGGUUAUACUUGUUCUGCUAUUGUUAAGGUUAAUCAUAAGGGUGAGAUUAAGGGUCAUAAUGUUGCUGUUAAGGUUAUUCAGAAAGUUAAGAUGACUACUGCUAUUGCUAUUGAGGAUGUUAGAAGGGAAGUGAAAAUUUUGAGAGCUUUGAAUGGACACAAAAAUUUGAUUAAAUUCUAUGAGGCUUAUGAAGACCAUGAUAAUGUCUAUAUAGUCAUGGAGUUGUGCGAAGGAGGCGAGCUUUUGGACAGAAUACUAUCGAGAGGUGGGAAAUACUCGGAGGAAGAUGCAAAAGCUGUCAUGACACAAAUACUGAACGUUGUUGCAUUUUGCCAUCUACAAGGUGUUGUUCAUCGUGAUCUUAAACCUGAGAACUUCUUGUUUUCAACCAAAGACGAGAACUCAGAGCUGAAGGCGAUAGACUUUGGCUUGUCAGAUUUUGUCAAACUGGAUGAACGGCUUAAUGAUAUCGUUGGUAGUGCAUACUAUGUGGCUCCCGAGGUUCUGCAUAGAGCUUACAAUACAGAAGCUGACACAUGGAGUAUUGGCGUGAUUGCAUAUAUUUUAUUAUGUGGCAGUCGUCCAUUUUGGGCACGAACUGAAUCCGGGAUCUUUCGUUCCGUAUUGAAAGCUGAUCCAACUUUUGAUGAACCUCCUUGGCCUUCUUUGUCAGAUGAGGCACAAGAUUUUGUUAAGCGAUUACUAAAUAAAGAUCCAAGGAAGAGAAUGACUGCAGCGCAGGCAUUAGGUCAUCCAUGGAUUAAAAGUUAUAAGAUCGUAAAAGUACCCCUGGAUAUUCUGGUGUUCAAGCUCAUGAAGUCAUACAUGCGUUCCUCCUCUCUACGAAAAGCAGCUUUAAGGGCUCUGUCUAAGACGUUAGCUACUGAUGAGCUGAAUUAUUUGAAGGAGCAGUUUUCACUUUUAGAACCAAACAAAAAUGACACCAUUAGCUUGGAAAAUAUUAAAGCGGCCUUGAUGAAGAAUGCAACAGAUGCUAUGAAGGAGUCACGCAUUCCUGAUCUUCUGGCAUCACUCAAUGCCUUGCAAUAUAGAAGAAUGGAUUUUGAUGAGUUCUGUGCAGCUGCACUCAGUGUUCAUCAACUUGAAGCACUUGACCGGUGGGACCAACAUGCACGCUGUGCCUAUGAAAUUUUUGAAAAGGAUGGAAACAGAGCUAUAAUGAUUGAGGAACUAGCUUCGGAGCUUGGCCUUGGUCCAUCUGUACCUGUUCAUGCUGUUCUUCAUGACUGGAUUAGGCACACCGAUGGAAAGUUAAGCUUCCUAGGGUUUGUUAAGUUGCUACACGGUCCUUCUAGAAGUCUUGUAAAACCUCAGUAAAAAGUUUGGAAACCACGUCAAAGUACUUAAGAGCAUGCUCAAUUAUACUAUGAUUAUCUGACCAAUGAAAUGCUGGUCCACACAUCACAUUCCUCAGGGUCAUUCGUUCUACAGAUUUUGACUCUUUUUUUUUUUUUUUUUAAUAUAUUUUCCACUGUAAAGGUGUUUUGUUAAGGUGCAUUAUGUGAUUGUUGUUAGAUAGUUAAUAGUCUAACAUGUUCUGAGAUUCACAAUUGAGGAGUAUCAUUCUUGUUCAAACUUCUAAUGCAAAUUCAUUGCAUUACACAGUUGAGUGAAAAAAAGUUUUUACUUUUUAGAGCUUUA